AUGAAUUCCUUUCGAAAUCAAACAAUUAUAAAUUAAGAAAGAUCUAGAGGAGGUAGUGUAAAUACUAAAUCAUAUUUGAAGAAUACACAAAAUAUUAAUAAAACUGAAUCAUAAUCAUUUUUACUAUAACAAAAUAUUUCAAAAAAAAUAGGUGACUCUUAAAUCUAAAACAAAAACUCAUCUUCUUAACUUAAUCCUCAUCUAACUUAUCUAGAAAACAAUGAUAAAUUAAUCAAAACUUAAAAGUUAACUACAUUAACUUCUAAUUUUUCAACUUAAAAUUUGAAAUAUUUAAGUCCAUCUAAUUGUAAUACUAUCAAAUUAGAUGUAUUAUCUGAUAAUAAAUAAUUAAUUAUUCAAAAUACAAGAGUUGAUUAAUUAUUGCAAGAAAUAUCUGACAUAAAACUACAAAAUGAAAAAGUUAAAUAGUUUUAUUAAUCUUAAAUUCUAAACUUGUAAAAUAUUUAAGAUUAAUUAAAAAUUGAAAAUUUCAGUUUAUCUAACUCAAUCAAAGGAUUAACUUAACAACUCUCUGAUGCUAGAUCUAUUAUGUAAAAAAUUUAUUAACAAACAGAUCUUGAUGAAGUCAAUAAUUCUUUUGAUUAAAUAGAUUUCUAAACAUAUCCUAAUAUCUAAUAGGCUUUCUAUUUAUUCUAGUCAGAAAUAUUUCAAUUUAUUUAUUAAUAUUAAAACUAAACAAACUAGAAAAUUCAAUUGAAAUAAUAAUAACUCAAUAAAAUCAUUAUUAAGUUAAAUUAAAUUAUAUAAAAAUAAAAAGCUCAUGAUCAAAAAUAAUUAAACCAUAAUUCAUCCAAUUAAAUCAUAUCAUAAGAAGUAUAAUUCAAAAUUAAUUAAAAAAAAUCUAUUGAUUAAAUUAUAAAUUUAAAUUAGAAUCUUGAAGAACAAUUUAAUGAAUUCAAAAAACAUCAUUAAACUAUUGUAGAUAAUUUAGAAAAGGAAAAAGAAAUUGCUUUAGAAUAAGAAUCAUACCUUAAAAAAGAAUUUUAAAUUAGAACUUAGAAAUUAGAAUAAGAACUUAGUAUCUUAUUAGAUGAAAAUCAAAAAAAAGAACAACUCAUUUCUGAAUUAAAUGAUUUAAAUUAAUCUAAAGUACUUUAAGUAAAUUAAUCAUAAUAUUUAGAUUCAAAAACAAGAAGAAAUAUUUUAAUUAAAAGCAAAAUUAUAGGAAAGUCAAAACAUUUAAAUUAAUCUUAAUGAUUAAGUGAUUUUGUUAAAAUAAAAUUGUAAUAGUUUAUUAAAUGAUUGUGAUAAAUAAUAGACUGAAAUAACUAAAUUAUAAAAAGAAAAAUAAUAUAUUUAAAAUUAAUUUGAAAAAAAACAAAAUGAAUAUAUGGAAACUAUCAAAAAUUAUUAAUUAUAAAAUGAAAAUCAAUAAUUAUAACUUGAUAAACUAAAUAAUGAAUAAUAAUAAUAAAAUCAUACAUUAUCAGAAAAAAUAAGGAUAAAUGAAUAAAGAUUAAUUAAACUGUAAGACAAUAAUAAAACCUUAUAAAAAUAGAAAUAAGAACUUGAAAAUCUACUUAAUUAAUCUUAAAAUGAAAUUAUUAAAUUAAAAGAUUAGAUUGAUUAAAUAUAAUAAUUUUAAACUAAAGUAAAUAAAUUGAAUUAGACAAUUUAAAAUUUGAUACAAUAAAAUUAAUCAUAUGAAAACAUGAUUAAUAAAAAUGCUUCUGAAAAAAAGUUGUUAGAAUAAUAAAUUGUUGAAUUAAAGCAAUAAAUUUAAUAAAGUAAUGAAUAAUUACCAAUUGAUAAAAUAUAAAAACUCUCAAAAGAUAAUGAGGAUCAAUAAUAGGAGAUUAAAAAACUUUAAUUACAAAUAUAAUCAGAAUAAGUAAACCAAUAAUAUCUUAAAACCUAAAUUUAAAAUCUAUAAAAUGAUAUUGCAUUAUAACAAUAAUAAAAAGUUUAAAUGGAACAAUAAUUAGAUAAACAAUAAAUAUAGAAUUAAGAAUUAUUAAAAUAAAUGGAGGAUGUAAUUUAAAAUAAUGUAAAUUAAUAAGAGAAAUAAGUUAUUGAAUGGUAAAACUAAUAAAACAUGGUUUCCAAAAGAUUGAUAGAAUGUGAAUAGAAUUUAAAGAAUAGUCAAAAUUAAAAUGAGAAAUUAGGAAUGAAGGUAUCAGAAUUGGAAUAAUAAUUACAAGAGGAAAUUGAUAAAAAUUAAUAGAUGGGUGAAGAGAUAAAAAAAUAUUAAAUUGAUUCAAAGUAAAAGGACAUUUAAAUAUCUUAAUGUAAAUAAUAAAUAUAAGUAUUAUCUUAAUAACUUAAUAAUAUUGAGAAGGAGAAGACAGAAUAGAAAGUAAAUUAAUAAGUUGAUUAAUAAAAUGGAUUUGUUUAACUUAUAAAAGAAUAUUAAAAUUAAACAAGGCAUUUAGAGUAAGAAAGCAAAGAAUAAUAAGAAAAGUGGUAGUUAUAAUAGAAUGCCUUUAUUGAGUAAAUAGAAUAAUAUUAAUUAAAAUUAAGUUAAUAUGAAAAUGAAAGAAUGGAGAAUGAUAAUUAUCAAAAUUAACUUAAUGAAAAAUUAUAAUUAUCUUUAAAAAAAUUAGAAACAAUAUAAUAAUAAUUACAAGAAGAACAAUAAAAAUCUUAAUAAUUAAUGAAGUAAUUAUCAAGUAUUUCUGAAAAUAAGAGUUCUUAGCCAAAUUAAGAUUUGCAAGAUUUAUUUGAUGUUUAAUAAUCUCCAAGAACUCAAUUAAUAGAAACAAUAUAAUUACCUGAAACAAAUUAAUAAGAAGAGUAAAUUAAUUUAUUGUAGUAAUAAUUAAAAUAAUGUAAUGAAAAUUUAGAAGAAAAAGAUAUAAUGAUUGAUGAGAUAAUGUAAUAAAAAUAAUAGAUAGAAAAUAGUUUGGAUGAAGCUAUUGAUAAAAUAAAUGAAUUAGAAAAUUAGAUAUAUACUUUAAAAUAAGAAUAGUCAAUUUUAGAGUAACAAAAAAUUGAUAUUGAUCAUUAUUAAUAAAAGAUUUCUAAUUAAUAAAAGCUUAUUGAAAGUUUAUAAAAUUAAGUAGAAGAGUUAUAAUUAGAUGUAUAAGAUAAAGAGAGUAAAAUAAGAAUGUUAGGAACAAUUAAAUAAUCGAGUGAAGAAUAGAUAUUAAGGGGAUUGAUAUCUUAAAAAGAUUAAGAGAUAUUGAAUUUAUAAGAGGAGUUAAAAAAUAUACAAUUAUAAGUUGAAUAAAGAAUGAAUAAGUCUAUUAUUAGUAAUCGUUCUAAGAAAAGUUAAAAUAUUGUUCAAUUUGAAUAGUUUGCAGAUAUUGAUGAAAAUGAAAUAUCAGCAGAAUCAUUUGAUGAAGAAUAGACAUUUAUGGAAAAAUUAUAAUUACACAAAAUACUUGAAGAAAAUAAUAAAAAGAUAAAGUAAUUAGAAAUAUAGUUAUAAAAUAAUUAAGAAUAUAAAUAAGAAAAAGUAAAUUAAGAGAUUGAAAAUAUGACUAACUAAUUAAAUGAUUAAAAAAAUAUUAUUGAUGAAUUAAAAAAUUAAAAUUAAAAUUAAUUCUAGGAAUUAGAAAGAAAAGAAUAAAUUAUUUAAUAAUUAAAAGAAGAUAUACAAAAAUUUUAUGAUGAAAAAGAAAAAUAAAUGAAUAAAUCUGUGAUUAGUAAUAGAUCAAAAAGAAGUCAAAAUUAAAUAAAUUUUGAUUAAUUUGGUGAUAUAUUAGAUGAGAAUAGUGUUGGAUCUGAUGAUGAAUAGGAAGCUAUUGAUAAAUUGAUAUAAUAAAAAAAAUAGAAUGAGAUUUUGGAAUUGUAGAAAUAAGUAUAAAUACAAAAUUAAAUGAUUUAAAAAUUAUAAGAAGAAAAUAAGUAAAAUAUUUUAUAAUUAAGACAUCUCCAAACAUAAUAGUAUAAGCAAGAAUCUCAAUUGAAUAACAAUGAUGAUUGGCUUAGUUGA